AGUCAAUACUUGUUUUCACACACACACACACACCGUUUCUGCACCACUGAUUUCUUAGCCAGCCACCUAACACCACCAACGUUCCUGCAUCGCGUCUGUCUUCUAGCCUGUAGUAGCAAAGAUGGCAGACGGUGCUGUGAACUUCCUACUGGAAAAGCUGACAAUGAUCCUAAUGCAAGAAGCAUCAUUGCUAGGAGAUUCACAAACUGAUGUUGAGACAAUAAAGCUUGAGCUAGAAAUCAUGAGAUCUUGCAUACGAGACGCGGAAAGAACGAUGUCCAAGAGCGAUUUAGUGGAAACAUGGGUGAGACAAGUCAGAGAAGUUGCACAGAAAGUAGAAGAUGUGCUAGAUGAAUACGUUUACUAUAAAGAUUUGGAACACGAAGAAGAUAAAAAGGGGUCAAGGAAUUUGGUUCAAGACAUCAUCAAGGUUCCAGUGCAUAUGAGAAGAAGGCGUAAAAUCUCUACUAAGCUUCAAAAGCUUAGAGCAGAGGUUCACGAGGUUUGCGAACGAAGAAAGAAGUAUACAUUUAAUGAGAAUACUAAUGAGUGGGGAGGCAGGAAUCCUCCAAUUGGUUGGUGGCAGCGUCAAGAAGAACUGUCAUUAUUUGUUGCUGAAGAUGAGAUAGUGGGAAUGGAUGAUAACAAAGAAACAAUGAUGGAAUGGUUAAUGAACAGUGAUCCUAGACGGAUGGUUAUAUCUGUUGUGGGAAUGGGUGGGUUAGGGAAGACAACUUUAGUUACUAAAGUCUACAAUGAUCCGGUGAUUCAACGAUAUUUUGAUUGUUGGGCAUGGGUAUCUGUAUCUCAAACUAACGGGAUUGAUGAGUUGUUAAGAUCCAUGAUCAAGAAAUUGUUUGGUGCAAAAAGUGUAAGAGUUCCUAGCGAUUUGGGAAUGAUGACUUACAGGGACUUAAUGGAAAUGCUUAUCGACCAUCUACAUAAGAAAAGGUAUGUUAUUAUAUUAGAUGAUGUUUGGGAGAUACUUCUUUGGCCUAGAAUAAGAAGUGCAUUUCCAGAAAAUGAUCUUGGAAGCAGAGUAAUAUUCACAACUAGAAACGAUGAUGUAGCGAUAUCAGUAGGACCAGGGAAGCUUGUUCUUCGUCUAGAACCUCUUGGAGAGCACGAUUCAUGGGCUCUUUUUUGUAGAAAGGCAUUUUGGAGUGAUUUAGGCCAUUGUUGUCCGAUUGAACUAGAAGAGUUAGCUCGGGCGAUUACUACGAAAUGCGGGGGGUUGCCGCUUGCCAUAGUGGCAAUUGGAGGCCUUGUGUGCUCAAGAAACAAAACCGGUGUAGAGUUGAAGAAAAUAUAUGAUAGCCUAAACUGGGAAUUGAGCAAUAAUCCUGUGCUUGAAAGUGUUAAAGGGAUCUUGACCUUGAGCUUUAACGAUCUACCAUUCUACUUAAAGCACUGUUUCUUGUAUUGUUGUGUUUUUCGUGAUGGGUAUCCAAUUAAAAGGAAAAAGCUCAUAAGACUAUGGGUUGCAGAAGGGUUUAUCCUGGAAAGAAAAGGGGUGACUAUAGAGGAAGUAGCAGAGGAGUACCUUACAGAACUUAGUCUCCGAAGCAUGAUUCAAGUCACCGAGACUAAUGAUACUGGGAGAGUUAAAACAUUUCGAGUCCAUGAUGUUAUGCGAGAACUUGCUAUGACAACAUCUGAAAAAGAUAACUUUUGUUCAGCAUAUGACGACAGAGAAGCCAGACUAGUAAGUAAAGUACAGAGACUCUCAAUAUAUAUCAGGAACGGAAAUAUUCAUUUGAGCAACACGUUGUCACGCCAUCUCCGUGCUUUCUUUGUCUUUCAAAUGGAGACAAACUUGACUUUUUCCAUUAAUGCAGUACUGUCUAGCUUUAAACUUCUAAAAGUUUUAGAAUUGGAGGGCGUAUCCGUUGAUGUGAUCCCCAAUGCUGUUGUUGGCCUAUUCAACUUGAGGUAUUUGAACCUCCGAGAAACCAGCAUCGACAAACUUCCAAAGUCGAUGGGGAGGCUAAGAAAUCUUCAAACACUUGACAUCCGAAACACCAACCUUGGCAAGUUACCAAGUGGAAUAUUAGAUAUACCAAGACUACGACACCUGCUACUAUGUCGCCCCAAAACCUCCAUUUUUCAUUGUGGGUUACCAGUGGCUGCAGUAAUAACGAAAAUACAAAGUUUACAGACUUUAGCGUUGAUUGAAGCAGAGAAAGAACUCAUCCAGAAACUUGAAAACUUGACUAGCCUAAAAAGAUUGGAUAUAACAACGCUGAAAGCAAUUGAUGGGCCAAAGUUAUGCAGUUCAGUCAAAAAGAUGACAAAUCUGCGACGUCUAAGCAUCACUGCAAGUACAGACACCGAAGAACUUGUGCUUGAAAGUUUAACUUCUCCUCCAGUGUUUCUCCAGAAGCUGACAUUGGUUGGCCAGUUGAGUAAGUUGCCUCUAUGGAUGAAGUCAUUAGCAAAUCUAACUCACCUUUACUUGUGUUGCUCAAGUUUAGGCGAUGACGUGCUUUCAUCCAUCCACAGUUUACCAACUCUAGCAUUUUUAGAACUUAAGAAUGCUUGCAGAUGCAAGUUCUUGCACUUCAUAGCAGGUGGAUUUAAGAAGCUGAACACAAUGCGGCUGUUGGAGCUUGUAGAGCUCAGCGGUCUAAGAUUGGAGAAGGGUGCAUUGCCAAGUAUCAAGGACUUGAACCUAGUUCGAUGUCGAGAGAUGAGAUCAUCGUUACAAGGCAUUGAACACCUUACUAGUCUUCAAAAGUUACAUUUGGAAGAAAUGCCAGCCGAAUUAGUUCAAAGAUUGCGAAGUAAUGAGCAAGCAAAUCUUCAACACAUAAACACAAUAAGCCUUGUGUACCUAAGUGGCGAAAGUCGAGUAGUAGAAACACUCUUUAAGUUGUGAAUAUGUGUACUAGGAUCAGACUGUUAGGGACUGCUUUUUCCUUCCCCUUAAGUCUUGUAUGACAUGUUUUACUCAUAGAAAACGAUAUCGUAUAUAGAGUUCAUCCAA